CCGACCCAUCACUAGUGCGCAUGCGCGUCUCGCCAUCUCGCACAGCAGGGUGUGAGACCAUCGCCCCUAAAUUGUUUAUUUUCGCUGGACGCAGUGACUGUUUUUGCUCUCCUGUUGAUAGAAAUAUUGUGCCAAAUCACGUCUAACAGAGUUCUCGCUCAGAUGAAGAUCUAUUGACAUCUGUUGUCGCUUUAAAUCGUAGAUAACGCGUGCUAAGACUGCUAAGCGCGGAAGCCGCUAACAAGAUUCACAUCAAAACCACCAAAACUGGACAGAUUAAGUCAGAUUCAUCCACAGUAGGCAUAGCAGGUAUGGGACGUUUGGAUGGACCCUUCACUGGUCGCAGUGCAUUGCUGAAACGAGUCUGAAGCAGCACACAGGAGACUCUCUGAAGCCUAUAACCAGCGCAGGAUGUCCAUCACAAACCCCCCCACCAGUAACGACGCCUGUCUGAGCAUCGUGCACAGUCUGAUGUGUCACAGACAGGGCGGCGAGAGCGAGACCUUCGCCAAACGGGCCAUUGAGAGUCUGGUGAAGAAACUGAAGGAGAAGAAAGACGAGCUGGAUUCGCUCAUCACCGCCAUCACCACCAACGGUGCUCAUCCCAGCAAAUGUGUGACCAUACAGAGAACACUAGACGGCCGUCUGCAGGUGGCUGGUCGUAAAGGAUUCCCACAUGUCAUCUAUGCACGGUUGUGGCGAUGGCCGGACCUUCAUAAGAACGAGUUGAAACACGUCAAGUACUGCCAGUUUGCCUUUGACCUGAAGUGUGACAGCGUGUGUGUGAACCCUUACCAUUACGAGAGAGUCGUGUCUCCAGGAAUAGACUUAUCUGGACUCACACUGUCAGGCUCUGGUCCGUCGGGUCUGAUGGUGAAGGACGAGUAUGAUUAUGAAGGCCAGCAGUCUCUGUCCAGCUCUGAGGGACACAUGCAGACGAUUCAACACCCUCCCUCUCGCCCGGUGGCCCCGGAGCCCUUCAGCACGCCCUCCAUGCUCCCGCCAGCAGAGGGCAGCAGCUCGGCCUCCACCUCCGCCUUCUCCAGCAUCGCAGUGGGACCCACAACUCAGCCCAAUAGUGUUCUCUCAGGAAGCCACAGCAGCGAUGGUCUGCUGCAGAUUGCCUCUGGGACGGGGCAGGGCUCACAGCAGAAUGGUUUCCCCCCUGGCCAGUCCUCCACGUACCACCACAACGCCGGCUCUAGCUGGACGAGGAACAGUAACUUCCCCCCCACCGUGCCUCCCCAUCAGAACGGUCAUCUCCAGCAUCAUCCGCCCAUGGCCCAUCCAGCACACUUCUGGCCCGUUCACAAUGAAAUCGCGUUCCAGCCACCGAUAUCCAACCACCCUGCUCCAGAGUACUGGUGCUCCAUCGCUUACUUCGAGAUGGAUGUUCAGGUGGGCGAGACCUUUAAAGUUCCCUCGUCCUGUCCCAUCGUGACCGUGGACGGGUACGUGGACCCCUCCGGAGGAGACCGCUUCUGUCUCGGUCAGCUCAGCAACGUCCACCGAACGGAGGCGAUCGAGAGAGCGAGACUGCACAUCGGGAAGGGCGUCCAGCUGGAGUGUAAAGGGGAAGGGGACGUCUGGGUUCGCUGUCUGAGCGAUCACGCCGUCUUCGUCCAGAGCUACUACUUGGAUCGUGAAGCCGGUCGAGCUCCAGGAGACGCUGUGCACAAGAUCUACCCCAGCGCUUACAUCAAGGUGUUUGAUCUGCGUCAGUGUCACAGACAGAUGCAGCAGCAGGCAGCGACAGCACAAGCAGCAGCAGCCGCUCAAGCAGCAGCGGUGGCCGGAAACAUCCCCGGCCCUGGAUCUGUGGGAGGAAUCGCUCCUGCUAUCAGUUUGUCUGCGGCCGCUGGAAUCGGUGUGGAUGACCUCCGCCGGCUCUGCAUCCUGCGCAUGAGCUUCGUCAAGGGCUGGGGUCCGGAUUACCCCCGACAGAGCAUCAAAGAGACGCCCUGCUGGAUCGAGAUCCACCUGCACCGUGCGCUGCAGCUGCUGGACGAGGUCCUGCACACCAUGCCCAUCGCUGACCCCACGCCGCUGGACUGAGACCAGACCCUGGACCUCACAAACCCAGGACCGCCGACCUGUGCGGACGAUGCCGAGAGACCGUUACGGUUCAGAGGUCAACAUCACGGCUGCGUUUAUUUCAUUUGCUUCUUCUGUUUUAGCCCGUGUUCUAACAUUCAGACCCUGAAGUGCACAGGUCCCAGUGUUGUAGUGACACUAAAGCUUCAAAAGUGUUUUGCAUGAAGAUGAGGUGCAUGCUGGGAGCUGUUAAAAUGAAUUUGUUCUUAGACUCUUGCUUCCUGCUGUUCUUCACUAGUCACUAGAGUCUCCCAUCGUGUCUGAACCGAGUCCGUUUCAAUCAGACUGUCAGAUUUCACUUUUAUUUCCUACUUUGUUUUGGUCUUCAUCUCUUGAUGCAAACCAGAGUCUCUCAGGCCGAACGUUUAAAAGCUGCUCUGGAAGAAUGACAGCUGACGUUAUACCUGAACAUCAUGUGACAUCAUUUCCUCUCUCGUGAGUCGUGGCGUUUGGGUUAAAGCGGUUUGGGUUCGGACUCACGGUUGUAUUAGCAGGUGUUGCAUGUACAGAAGAUGUGCGUUUUCUUUCGAGCUUCUCACUAGUAGCUAAUAAGCUGGUUGACGUUUUUAUUUUGCAAGUUUCUCUCUGCACUCUGUUAUCAGUCAAAGCAAGAUGUGUUAACGGUUAGUUUAGACUCAUUCAUCUACAAGCAAUAACAACCAGUUUCUUCUGAAUGCUUUUUUUUAGCCAUGUAUUUGUUUUAGCACUUUAUGUACUAUUUUUUUUUUUCUUUUACAUCUUUCAGUUUCUCUUCUUUGCAGCCUGUGAUUAAAAAUUCAGCUCUUUUACAGAAAAUAAAUUUGGUUUACAGGAAUCAUAACCAGAAAUUAAAAUGUGCUCAUCCUCAGAUCACCUAAGAUGAAUUUGUGUCUUCAUCAGGUUUGUAGAAAUGUAGCAUUGCAUCAGUGUCUCAUCAAUGGAUGCUCUGCAGUGAAUGGGUGCCGUCAGAAUGAGAGUCUGAUAAAAACAUCUCAAUAAUCCACAGCUCUCCAGUCCAUCAGUGAACAUCUGGAGAAGACAAAACCUGAAACACAUCCAGCAUUACGAUGAUUUUAACUCAAACACAUAGAGUCUAUAAUCCACUUCCCCUGGUGAAAAAGUGCAUCAAAAUCAGCCACAGAUUAGUUUAGAUUUGUUUAAACGUUGCUUGAUCUGUGCAGAUUUCUCUCCUGAUUCAGACCAGAACACUUUUUCACUGGAGGAAGUGUUAUUCUGGAUUAUUGACUAUGUAUUUGAGUUAAAAUCAUCUUAAUGCUGGAUGUGUUUCAUCUUGUGUCUUCUCCAGAUGUUCACUGAUGGACUGGAGAGCUGUGGAUUAUUGGGAUGUUUUUAUCAGACUCAUUCUGACGGCACCCAUUCACUGCAGAGCAUCCAUUGAUGAGACACUGAUGCAGUGCUACAUUUCUACAAACCUGAUGAAGACACAAACUCAUCCUGAUCUUGUAUAAGUAUUUCUUUAACACAUUAUUGGUUUAAUGCAGCUUUCACAGCUGGUCAAAGGUCACAAGGGCUCCAUUUGAUCUGUUUCUAAAGAUCCUUUCACAGGAAACUGAUUAAUUCACUCUUUUAUACCAUUUAUACCACACGCCUCUGAUGCCUGAGAUGAUCAGUUAUUCAAAUAACAAAUGAUGGCCAUGUAUGGAUAUGAGAUGAACUGGAAAGGAGUGUUUUGAUAUGAACGUUGAAAGCCAUACGACAUGAAUAUGAUGGGAAAUAAGAUCCCAGUAUUCUUCAGAGAUGGUGUUUUCUCUAUAAAUUGACAGAUUUACUCUAGACGAUCACGUCAGCCUUGCGUGUCUCGAAGAGAGUUUAGAUGACCGAUCAAACUUCUGUUAUUCUGUUUAAAAAGAAAUGAGAAAUUUCUGAACAAGAAGAGAGCACCUGUGAGAGCAUUUUCUCAAAUAGCUCGUACUUUUAGCAGGUAAUCAAAUACAGUAUAUUAUUAAAUUGAUUUUGAAGUUU